AUGUCGAAUCGUACGAGCGGCGAGGAGUCCAGCGAUGAUAGCCACAUUGUAGCAAUUCCGGGAGGUGGUGAGCAGAUUUACGCCAAUAUUCUUGAGGCAGAGAGCGCGAGUGAAGACGAGUUUGACCUUGACGUAAGAAGUCAUCAUUUGUCAUCGGGGGUCGACGACGACGCGGACGACGCGGACGAUGCGGAAGAUGAGGACGACGACGACGAUGAGGACUAUGAGGUGGACGAAGACGAUAUUGAGUACGACCUUGCUGAUUUCAAUCGCACUCGACACAGCGACUCAGGCAACGUUUUCUUUGUGGAGACGGAUGGAGAAAUGCAUGCUGAACAUCAAAUACGGCACCUUGGCUUGGAAGAGCUGCGUCAGCUGCUUGUGUUUGGCUUAGCAUCAUUUGAUGGUGACCUUGACAUGGCCGACGAGGACGACGGGGAAGGCACCAUCCCAGGGUUCCGCUACCCCGGCCGCUCUGGUGCUCCGAGCGAUCUUUGGGAGCCCACGACAAAGCCCGUUGCGGCGGGUUCCGAGCUUGAGUUCAGCGGUGAUUUCGGUAUUCCAUGGAAAUCUAUGAGCGGAACAAGACCUGGUCCUUACCACACAUCCUACAACCUUGCGACGCAAAUCGCGCGUAGGAAAUUGACUUCGCGACUCGCCCACAAAACGAGCUACACUCCCAUGAUACCCAAUUCGAAGGGCGUGAUUAUGGCAGAAUACUCUGCCCCUUGCUACAGUGGACAAUAUUCAGAAGACGCGUCCUUUUUUUAUACGUGCAACCGGGACAUGCGCGUUCAUAUCUAUGAUACCACCAAGCCGCCAUUGAAACGGGCAAUUAAAUAUAGAGAGGAUGAGGUGCAUACCCAUGCUUUGGACCCUGCUGACCAGACCACGUCACUGAAUCUUAUGCAAACCGUGGAGGCGCGCGGUGGGCAAUGGACCAUUACUGAUGUGAAUCUUUCUCCGGAUAACCAAUGGAUUAUUUACUCGAGUAUUUCGCCCUACGUGAGUCUUUCGCCUGUGAAGCGGAUGGAAGAUGAAGAGGCGCCGCAACAAGUUACACUUGACUUUUCCUCGCCCGAGAACGACCAUUUUGGCAUUUGGUCUCUCCGAUUCUCUGGCGACUCGCGCGAAAUUUUAGCAGGCGGGCACUGCGGCUCGAUUUUUGUAUACGAUGUGGAAGCACAGCGCCGGAUUUUGAAUGUAGUGGGACACCAGGACGAUGUGAACAGCGUCGCCUUUACUGAUACCACGUCCUCCAAUGUGUUCGUGAGUGGUGGCGAUGACGCUUUCUUAAAGCUGUGGGAUCGUCGCUCUUUGGGCCAUGGCAAGCCUGCAGGUGUGCUUCCAGGGCACACGGAAGGCAUCACCUACAUAUCGCCAAAGGGUGAUGGGCGCUACUGUAUAUCGAACUCGAAGGACCAGAGUGUGCGCCUUUGGGAUUUGCGCAAUUUGCAAAGCAGUGAAGCAAGUCAAGGUACGGACCGCGUAGAUCUAGGAUUGCGCAAUUGGGACUACAGGUACAUGCCGUACCGCCCGCCUCGCUUUUAUGCGCACCCACUGGAUAGCUCAGUGAUGGCAUACCGUGGUCAUUCUGUGCUUCGCACGCUCAUCCGUUGCUACUUUAGUCCCAAGGAGACCACUGGUCAGCAAUAUAUUUACUCGGGCAGCGCCGAUGGGCGCAUCCAUAUCUGGUCGCUCGACGGGCAGAUUGUCCAGAUAAUCGACCGCAGCGAAACAUAUCCACUAUGCACCGGCAGGGACAGGACAACUACCGAUCCUUCUGCGCCCGACUGGGCAAUGCCAGACAUGCACGCAUCGAGCCGUCGCUAUUUGCGGCGCGUGCAUGGUGGCUCGAGAAGCAUUGUGCGUGAUGUGAGCUGGCAUCCAGGGGAGCCUACUAUGAUGAGCACGUCCUGGGAUACGCCCAAUGGAAGCGGCGGAAGCAUUGCACAGCACGAAUGGAAAGGCCACGACAAGGUGUAG